AUGGGGCCGCCGCCGAAUCCCUUUCGACUGCACAGAUCCACGCGGAGAACUACCAACAAUCGCCUGAGUCUGCAGUUUGACACCGAUGAUGGCUCCGGCACUGCGUCUGGUUCCGGCUCAGACUCGGAGCCGGAUCUCAGUCAUUUGGGAAUGACGAGGCGAGGCAUGGCAGCCGUGCUGGAACAGCAGGCCGCCCAGAUGACGUACGACGACGACGCCAUGUCUCAGGGCCAGUACGAUGCCGAGGAAGCGAGCCUCGAUGAGAAUCUCGACGAAAAUCUUGAUGAAAACGACGAGGAGAACGUCGACGACCAGAUCGAAGGGGAACAGGAGCCUCUCGCAAUGAUGGACCCGGGUGUCUUUGGCCUCAAAGAAAUUUCCAACCUGGGAAAGUUUACCGUGAGCAGUCAUAAACCAGGCAAUGGGGUUGAGCAGCUCCGGAGCGAUGACCUCACCUCAUACUGGCAAUCAGAUGGCCCGCAGCCUCACAAACUCACCAUCUACUUUGUCAAGAGAGUGGGCAUCCGAGACAUUCGCUUUUACGUCAACUACAACGAGGAUGAGUCAUAUACACCCACCAAAAUCAUCUUCAAGUCUGGUACGAGCGAGAACAAUCUCAUCCAGUUCGCCGCCAUGAACCUCGCGAGCCCCGUGGGCUGGCAACAAGUGCCUCUCGCAGGAGUUGGCGGUGAGCCUGACGGUAACACCCUGGUGUCUUGGGUGCUGCAGAUGCAAAUUCUGGAGAAUCACCAGAACGGCAAGGACACGCAUCUACGAGGCAUCAAAAUCUACGCCUUCGACGCCGACGCUGUCCAACAAUCCGACCCGGAAAAUUCUCGCUUGGAGGAUUUGAUGGAUACAGCUGCAGUUGCCGGAAGCCGCCGUAGGGCUUCUGGGAAUCCCAGACUGGACGAGAUUGCGCAAACUCUGGCUGCGGCCAGACUCGAGGCGGGCGACUCUGGCUUUACCCUCCCUGACUUCAUGAGAGAUCCGGAGAUUCGAUGA